AUGUUCUGCACCUCUGAGGCUGCUGUCGAUAUGGGUAAGUUCUUCUGAGUUUGAUAAAACUUGUUGAAAUUUCCAAUUUCAGCUAGCGCAAGAGGAGACAUUCGUCGUCUCAAAGACGGAGAUAUUCUCAAAUACAGUUCUGGAUUCUUCUCGUCGAAAUGGAAGAAAGUGUACGCGAUCCUGUUUAGUGACUCGCGACUCUGCUGGUAUGACCAAAAGGUGAGGCUGAAAAAUCAUCCUAGAAAAAUUGAACUUAUUGUCAGUUGUUCAGGGAGACCGCAAGCCGAAAGGAAGUGUCCUUCUUAAAGAUGUCAUUCCAUACAUUUGCGUCGGCCUGAUGACGGAUAGAAUGCCAGGUAACAGAAAAGUCCGACUCAGACUAAACGGAAUUCAAUCUCAGUCAAAAGACCGAAUGUGCCCGACGGAAACUCUGUGCACCACCUCGUCGGAAUCGGAAUGAACCCGCGCGCCGAUCCGGUCCACUGGAUUCUCUUCUCUUCCGAUUCGGACAUCGAGUAAGUUACUAUAGUUUCAGUCCUGACUAGAUCAUGUCUGACUCCUCUUUCUUCCAGAUCAUGGUUCACAGAAAUCACCAAGACACUGCCGAAGCCGGCAACUCCACCUUCGACGGAUGGUCAGCAAGGACCGCCGACGGGCCCACCACCACCACAACAACCAAUAGGAAACAACAGCGGAUACGGUGAGUGGCACAACUGAGAGAUAGAAGAGUAAAGUGAGUUUUUCAGUGCCUCCCGCAGUCUACCCGAGCGCGCCUCCCCCAGUACAAACCGUCGGAGGAUAUCGUCCGCCCAACGGACCCACUUACCCUCAAGGAGGAGCCGGAGCUCCGCCGCCGUACGGUGGAUAUCCGCAACAGCCAAUCGGAGCGGCGGCUCCAUCGCAUACCACUGUCAUCGUGCGAGACGGCGGAUACGGAAGUGGUGGUUACGGCGGCGGCAGCGGUGGAUUCGGAAGCACUGGACUGGGCUUCGGAGGCGGAAUCUGGCGGGAAGUCUUCUCGGUUACGGCUUGGGAUCCAUGUGGGGAGGACAUCAUGGAUAUGGCGGUGGGUACGGUGGAGGAUACGGUGGAGGAUACGGUAUGGGCGGAGGAUACUACUCGGAUAACGACACAAACAUCACAAACAACUACUACAACACUGGAGACGGCGGCAACAACGGAGGGAAUAGCGGAGAGAACAACCCAAGCAACACUAACACCGAUAAUCCUGGAGUAAGCUCGUCUACGAACAGGCUCAGCAUAAUCAUCAUCUUUUUCAGAAUGCCGGCGAUCAGUCUCACCAACAAUCUGACAAUAACUAUGGAAAUGCGAACGAGAACUCGUGGGAUCAGAACAAUGACAGUUACGACUACGGAAACGCCAAUGACGACUACGGUGGGAUGGAUUACGGUAGUGGCGGAUACGACGACGGAGCGUACGACGGAGGGGACUACGGAGGAGGCGAUUACGGUGGCGGCGACUUCGGCGGCGGCGACUAUUGA